AUGGCGUCUCUCCCUCCGCCUCCUCCUCCGGGAUGGGGGGCUGCACCUCCACCCUCGAUGCCUCUUGCACCUCCGCCGCCAGGUUACCGACCAGCACCAAACCCAAUGCUCACUAAAUUCGAACAGAAGAAGAAAGAAUGGCUCCGGAGCCAGCGCAAUCGCUUUGGGGAGAAAAGAAAGGCAGGGUUUGUUCAGUCCCAAAAGGAUGACAUGCCGCCAGAACAUCUUCGGAAGAUUGUUAAAGAUAUUGGAGACGUGUCGCAGAAGAAAUUCAGCACCGAUAAGCGCAGCUAUCUUGGGGCUUUGAAAUUUAUGCCACAUGCUGUACUGAAGCUUCUAGAGAACAUGCCUAUGCCUUGGGAGUCUGCGAGGGAGGUCAAAGUCCUCUACCACGUCAACGGAUGUCUGACGCUGGUUAAUGAGACGCCGCGUGUUAUAGAACCUGUCUUCCAUGCACAGUGGGCGUCGAUGUGGGUGUGUAUGCGACGUGAGAAAAGCGAUAGACGACACUUUAAACGUAUGCGCUUUCCUCCUUUCGACGACGAAGAACCUCCGCUGUCAUGGUCGGAAAAUAUUGAGGACGUUGAGCCUCUCGAGCCAAUUCAAAUGGAGCUUGAUGAGGCCGAGGAUAGCCCCGUUUUUGAAUGGUUUUAUGAUCACAGGCCACUGCUCGAUACCCCUCAUGUGAAUGGGCCAAGUUAUAAGGAGUGGAACCUGACUCUGCCGCAGAUGGCUACCCUCUAUCGGUUAAGUCAUCAACUGCUCAGUGACGUCGUGGACAAGAAUUAUUUCCACAUGUUUGAACUGAACAGCUUUUUAACGGCCAAGGCUUUGAACGUUGCCAUUCCCGGUGGCCCCAGGUUCGAACCUCUUUACAAAGACAUUGACCCUAACGAUGAAGAUUUCGGCGAAUUUAAUGCUAUUGACCGCAUUAUAUUCCGUGCCCCUAUAAGAACAGAAUAUAGGGUUGCAUUCCCAUACCUCUACAACUCCCUGCCAAGGAGUGUAAAAAUUUCUUGGUACUCUCAUCCUCAGGGUGUUUAUGUCAGAACCGAAGACCCCAAUCUUCCAGCUUUUUACUUUGAUCCUAUCAUAAACCCAAUAUCCUCUCGAUCUGUUGCGCCACAAAAUAUAACCGUCAGUCAUGAAGAUGAGAUAUUUGGUCAUGGAAACGACGAAGACGAUUUCGAGCUGCCAGCCGCUGUUGAGCCAUUUUUAGCCGAUGAAGAGCUAUACACCAGCGAGACAGCAUCUGCCAUAAGCUUAUGGUGGGCGCCUUAUCCAUUUGACCGGCGGUCUGGAAGAAUGGUUCGUGCGCAAGAUGUGCCCCUGGUAAAACAGUGGUACUUGGAGCAUUGCCCUCAGGGCCAGCCAGUUAAAGUUCGAGUAUCCUACCAAAAGCUACUUAAGACAUAUGUUCUCAACGAGCUUCAUAAGCGGAAACCCAAGGCUCAGAAUAAACAGAACCUUUUGAGAACAUUAAAAGGCACUAAGUUCUUUCAGCAAACCACCAUCGACUGGGUUGAGGCUGGUCUUCAAGUUUGUCGACAGGGAUUUAACAUGCUGAACUUGCUUAUCCAUCGAAAGAAUUUGACUUACCUGCACUUGGACUACAACUUUAACCUGAAACCAGUGAAAACAUUGACCACAAAGGAACGAAAGAAAUCUCGGUUCGGAAACGCUUUCCACUUGAUGAGAGAAAUUCUCCGUUUGACGAAGUUGAUUGUUGAUGCCCAAGUUCAGUAUCGUUUGGGAAAUAUCGAUGCUUUCCAGCUUGCUGAUGGUAUCCUCUAUGCCUUCAACCAUGUCGGUCAAUUGACCGGGAUGUACCGAUACAAAUAUAAACUUAUGCACCAGAUUCGAUCAUGCAAGGAUCUGAAACAUCUUAUUUACUACCGGUUUAAUUCCGGCCCAGUCGGUAAAGGCCCUGGAUGUGGUUUUUGGGCACCUGCCUGGAGAGUCUGGCUCUUCUUUCUCCGUGGUAUAAUCCCCCUUCUUGAGAGAUGGCUUGGCAAUCUUCUGUCAAGACAAUUUGAAGGCCGUCAUAGUAAAGGUGUCGCCAAGACUGUCACUAAACAGCGUGUUGAAUCUCACUUCGAUCUGGAACUGCGAGCUUCUGUCAUGGCAGAUUUGAUGGAUAUGAUGCCAGAAGGUAUAAAACAAAACAAGGUUAAUACCGUCCUUCAGCAUUUGUCAGAGGCAUGGAGGUGCUGGAAGAGCAAUAUUCCCUGGAAAGUGCCCGGCCUGCCAGCUCCCAUCGAAAACAUCAUCCUACGAUACGUAAAGAGCAAGGCAGACUGGUGGAUAUCGGUUGCUCAUUACAACAGGGAGCGAAUUCGUCGUGGAGCUACUGUUGAUAAGACCGUCGCCAAAAAGAACCUUGGAAGGUUAACCCGUUUGUGGCUUAAAGCUGAACAAGAAAGGCAGCACAACUACAUGAAGGACGGACCUUAUGUGUCUUCAGAAGAGGCUGUUGCUAUUUACACAACGACAGUUCACUGGCUAGAAUCUCGAAAGUUCUCUCCGAUUCCUUUCCCUAGUGUAUCAUAUAAACAUGAUACUAAAAUUCUGAUCUUAGCCCUUGAGCGAUUGCGCGAGGCUUACUCAGUAAAAGGUCGUUUGAACCAGAGCCAGCGGGAGGAACUUGCCCUUAUUGAACAGGCCUAUGAUUCUCCUGGCACUACCCUUGCGAGAAUCAAACGAUUCCUUCUUACUCAGCGAGCUUUUAAAGAAGUUGGCAUUGACAUGAACGAUAACUACAGUCAUAUCAACCCGGUAUACGAUAUUGAACCUAUCGAAAAGAUCACAGACGCUUACCUUGACCAAUAUCUUUGGUACCAGGCCGACCAACGACACUUGUUCCCCGCCUGGAUCAAGCCAUCUGAUUCCGAGGUGCCUCCUCUCUUGACAUAUAAAUGGGCCCAAGGCAUCAACAACCUGUCUAAUGUUUGGGAGACUGCUGACGGUGAAUGUAACGUCAUGAUUGAGACGCAGCUGUCUAAAGUAUAUGAGAAGAUCGAUCUAACGUUACUAAACCGCCUUCUCCGUCUUAUCAUGGACCAUAACUUGGCCGAUUAUAUCACGUCAAAGAACAACGUCCAACUUAAUUACAAGGAUAUGAACCACACCAACAGUUAUGGUUUGAUCCGCGGCCUCCAGUUCUCCGGGUUCGUAUUCCAGUAUUAUGGCUUGGUCAUCGAUUUGCUCCUUCUGGGUCUACAGAGAGCAAGUGAAAUUGCUGGCCCACCACAGAGUCCAAAUGAUUUCUUACAGUUCAGAGACCGUGCUACCGAAAGCAAACACCCCAUUCGUCUUUAUACCAGAUAUAUUGACAAGAUUUGGGUAUUCUUCCGGUUCUCAGCAGAUGAAUCGCGUGAUUUGAUUCAGCGUUUCUUGACAGAACAGCCUGAUCCUAAUUUUGAGAAUGUUAUCGGCUAUAGGAACAAAAAGUGCUGGCCGAGAGAUUCGAGAAUGCGCCUCAUGAGACACGAUGUCAACCUUGGCCGUGCUGUUUUUUGGGACUUGAAGAAUCGCCUUCCACGAUCCAUAACAACUAUUGAGUGGGACGACACAUUUGCAAGUGUCUACAGCAAGGAUAAUCCAAACCUGUUAUUCUCCAUGUGUGGCUUCGAAGUUCGUAUCUUGCCGAAAAUACGUAACCAAAAUGAGGAAUUUUCCGUCAAAGACAGCGUCUGGUCUCUAUCAGACAAUACAACAAAAGAGCGAACUGCAUAUGCCUUCCUACAGGUCACAGAGGAAGAUAUUCAAAAAUUCAAUAACCGCAUCCGACAGAUUCUGAUGUCUUCUGGCUCUACCACCUUCACGAAGAUUGCCAAUAAAUGGAAUACUAGUCUGAUCGCUCUUUUCACCUACUACCGAGAAGCCGCCGUCUCAACUGUCAACUUGCUGGACACUAUUGUGAAAUGUGAAACCAAAAUUCAAACUCGAGUCAAAAUUGGUCUCAACUCAAAGAUGCCAUCACGCUUCCCUCCUGCUGUCUUUUACACUCCCAAAGAACUAGGAGGUUUGGGUAUGAUUUCAGGAUCGCACAUUCUUAUUCCAACUAGUGAUAAGCGAUGGUCGAAGCAGACAGACACCGGUGUCACUCAUUAUCGAGCGGGCAUGUCUCACGAUGAGGAGACCUUGAUCCCAAACAUUUUCAGAUACAUAAUUCCUUGGGAGGCUGAGUUCAUUGACUCCCAGCGUGUCUGGAUGGAAUACUCUCAAAAGCGUCAAGAGGCAAAUCAACAAAACCGAAGGCUGACUCUUGAAGACCUAGAAGAUAGUUGGGAUCGUGGACUUCCCCGUAUCAAUACCCUUUUCCAGAAGGACCGCAGCACAUUGAGUUUUGACAAAGGUUUCCGUGCCAGAACAGAAUUUAAGAUAUAUCAGCUGAUGAAAAGCAACCCAUUCUGGUGGACAAGUCAGAGACAUGAUGGGAAAUUGUGGAAUCUUAAUGCCUAUAGAACCGAUGUCAUUCAAGCUUUGGGCGGUGUUGAAACAAUUCUGGAACACACUCUUUUCAAAGCCACAGCAUUCCCCUCCUGGGAAGGCCUGUUUUGGGAACGGGCAUGCCUUGCAAACGGUACGAUGCUGCUUCGAUACGACCACUCUCAAGUUGCCGUCGAGGACGUUAAAGAAGGUGAUCUGCUUCUUGGCCCGGAUGGAGAGCCCCGACGUGCUUUCAAUAUAGUCAGCGGCAAAGAUCGACUCUAUCGCAUCAAGAUUGGGAGCCGCAAGGAAGAUCUUGUUGUUACAACAAACCACAUCUUAGUUUUAUACAAAGAGAAGAGUGGCUCUAAUAAAUUGGAAGCGAACAUUGACUCUUCAGAAAACAAAGUUGAAGACACCAUUGUCACUUUAGCUUCUCAAGAGGCCUCCGCAUCUGAACAAUAUGAAACCGUUGAGAUGACCGCCGAUGAGUUCUAUGCUUUGAAGCCCGAGGAGAGAUGCAAGUAUAGGCUCUUCAACUCCCCUGGUUUCGAUCUUCCCGAGCAAUCAGUCCCUUGCAGCCCAUACUUCCUUGGGCUUUGGCUUGGAGAUAAUAGCCGACGUACAGCCACUACUCACGACCACUCCCAAGAGGCAGGUAUUCGAGGAUUCCUGGUUAGGCAUGCUGCAGAACUCGAUCUACAUAGUCAGCUAGGACCGCAGAAGACUGGAGCAACCGGCACUGAGUCCAUUAUUUCACAACGCCUUGCCGCUGGGUGGACGUUCCAGACUGGUGUCUGGGAGCCACCUACUACAAUCUCCAUUCCCAAUAGUGCACCACCGCAGGCUAACUCUAACAAUCAAUCCGUGGGUCUUGUUGAAGAUCCAAAGGCGGCGAAAGAGGGCGAUCUGGACAGCUAUUUAGAUAUCCUGGGCACUGUUAGUGAGAUUGAUGAUGGCCAAUUCGAUAACUCUCCGCGGGCUAAGCAAAGUGUUCGCCUUCAGACUGGUCACAGUGCUUACGGUACUCUUCGAGAGGAAGAACAAGAACAACUCCUUCAACAGGUCCUUGGAAAAUCUCCAAAUAGUUCGGGCGUUGAUUCACUUCUUCGGGUGCUUCAUGGCGUUGGUGCGGCCGCAGAUUCUAGAUCAACUAGUCUUGAAACCGAUCAUAAGCGGAUUCCUAGUGUUUUCUUGAACAAUUCGCGUGCUGUCCGACUUGCCGUCCUCGCAGGUUUGCUCGAUAGUGAAGGAUGGUACAUCCAUCCAGAGAACAUGUUUGGCUUCAGCAGCGAACAAUGUCAUUCAGCUCUGUUCUGGGAUACUGUUGCACUGGCGCGCUCACUUGGCUUUGGUGUAUCGACUACACAAAAAACGAUGUGGAAUUCAACUCGUACCGCGCAAUGCCCUCAGCAAUUUGCACAGAUAUCUGGCAAUUUGAAGGAAAUCCCAUGUCUUCUAUCUCGAAAAAAGGCAUUGGAUCAAUUUAUUCCUCAGUCUCAUAGCUUUGUGAUCGAGGAUAUCACCCUAGAACCUGAAGCUACUGGAUGGGCUGGUUUCCGAGUUGAUAAAGAUCAGCUGUAUCUACGACACGAUUAUCUUGUGCUUCAUAACAGUGGAUUCGAAGAAUCGAUGAAGUUUAAGAAGUUGACCAAUGCGCAGCGAUCCGGUUUGAACCAAAUUCCUAACCGUCGUUUCACUCUAUGGUGGUCCCCGACUAUAAAUCGAGCAAAUGUUUACGUUGGUUUCCAGGUGCAGCUUGAUCUCACAGGUAUUUUCUUGCACGGCAAAAUUCCAACUUUGAAAAUAUCUUUGAUUCAGAUAUUCAGAGCGCAUUUGUGGCAGAAAAUCCAUGAAUCUGUAGUUAUGGAUCUGUGUCAAGUUUUCGACCAAGAGCUAGAGCAGCUUGGCAUCGAAACUGUGCAGAAGGAGACAAUUCAUCCACGAAAAUCAUAUAAGAUGAACAGUUCAUGCGCAGACAUCCUCUUAUUCGCAACUCAUAAGUGGAAUGUGACAAGGCCUUCCCUCUUGUUCGACACAAAGGACGUGAUUGAAGCAACUACAACCAACAAAUUCUGGCUUGAUGUGCAACUCAGAUACGGAGAUUAUGACUCGCACGACAUUGAACGUUAUGUACGAGCCAAAUAUCUCGACUACACAACCGACAGCAUGAGUAUCUACCCAUCCGCUACUGGUCUGAUGAUUGGUAUUGACCUCGCCUACAACCUUUACUCUGCUUACGGACAGUACUUCCCUGGCUUGAAAGCACUCAUUCAACAGGCUAUGGCCAAGAUCAUGAAGGCGAACCCUGCUUUGUACGUGCUAAGAGAGCGUAUCCGCAAGGGUCUGCAGCUAUAUGCUUCUGAAAGCAACCAGGAGUUUCUAAACUCUCAGAAUUACUCUGAGCUGUUUAGUAACCAAAUUCAAUUAUUUAUUGAUGAUACGAAUGUCUACCGUGUGACUAUUCACAAGACAUUUGAGGGAAACUUGACGACCAAGCCAAUAAACGGUGCCAUUUUCAUUUUCAAUCCAAGAACGGGCCAGCUUUUCUUAAAGAUCAUUCAUACCAGUGUCUGGGCUGGUCAGAAACGUUUGGGCCAGUUAGCCAAAUGGAAGACAGCCGAAGAAGUUGCUGCCCUUAUUCGAUCAUUGCCCGUUGAAGAACAGCCCAAGCAACUUAUUGUAACCCGAAAGGGUCUUCUUGAUCCUCUUGAGGUGCAUCUGCUUGAUUUCCCAAACAUCUCUAUCCGAGCGUCAGAAUUGCAACUUCCAUUCCAGGCUGCAAUGAAAAUUGAAAAACUCGCCGAUAUGAUCCUCAAGGCCACGGAGCCGCAGAUGGUUCUAUUUAACCUUUACGACGAGUGGCUUAAGACUAUCUCCUCAUACACCGCAUUCUCCCGACUCGUUCUGAUUCUUCGAGCUUUACAUGUGAAUAUUGAAAAGACUAAGAUCCUUCUGCGGCCUGACAAGACGGUUAUUACCCAGGAGCAUCAUAUCUGGCCGACCCUCUCGGAUGAAGACUGGAUAAAGCUCGAAGUCCAGCUUCGAGACCUGAUUUUGAAUGACUAUGGAAAGAAAAACAAUGUCAAUGUCCAGAGUCUCACAGGCAGCGAGGCUCGUGAUAUCAUACUGGGUAUGGAGAUCAGUGCACCUUCUCUUCAGCGCCAACAAGCUGCCGAAAUGGAGAAGCAGCAGCAGGAACAGAAGCAGUUGACAGCCGUUACAACCAAGACUCAAAACGUUCGUGGCGAGGAGAUCAUUGUUACUACUACUUCCCAGUACGAGCAGCAGUCUUUUGCAUCGAAAACUGAAUGGCGAACUCGGGCAAUUGCCACAUCCAAUCUACGCACACGAGCCAAUAACAUCUACAUCUCGUCCGAGGAUAUCCAGGAAGAUGGCCAUUUCACUUACAUCAUGCCAAAGAACAUCUUGAAACGGUUCAUUAUGAUUUCUGACCUUCGCGUUCAAGUUGCCGGGUAUUUGUACGGAAGCUCGCCUCCAGAUAACGACCAGGUCAAGGAAAUCCGGACAAUUGUAAUGAUACCACAAGUUGGUAAUACACGGGAUAUACAGCUCCCCCAGCAGCUGCCUCAGCAUGAAUAUUUGAAUGGUCUGGAACCACUGGGGAUCAUCCAUACCCUAUCCGGCAACGAACCGACAUACAUGACAGCAAUGGAUGUGACACAGCACUCGCGGCUAAUGAACGCACAUUCAUCAUGGGACAAAAAGACUGUGACGAUGACCGUUUCAUUCACCCCAGGCUCCGUUUCGCUUUCGGCCUGGGCUCUCACUCCUCAAGGCUAUAAGUGGGGCGCCGAGAACAAGGACACAACAUCCGAUCAACCGCAAGGCUUUUCAACCAACAUGGGUGACAAGUGCCAGCUUCUGCUCAGUGACAGGAUUCGUGGAUAUUUCCUAGUUCCGGAGAACAAUGUCUGGAACUACAGUUUCAUGGGAAGUUCUUUCAGCAGUGUGGAGAAGCGGCCUAUCUACGUCAAGGUCGACACUCCGAUGAGGUUCUACGAUGAUCAGCAUAGACCAUUGCAUUUCCAAAACUUCGCCGAGUUGGAGGAUAUCUGGGUUGACAGAACGGAUAACUUCGAGUGA